AUACAGUUAACCAGUCUAAAAUAAGUCACACAAGUCAUUAUAUGCAUAUCGAAACCUUAUCAUUAAAGAUAUUCAAACUUGGUUAUAUUCACAUUAUUUGACGAUAUCAUGAGAAAUUUCAGUUAAAGUUAUGAACAAAUGGAUCAAAUUCUUCAGUACUAUAAAUCUAAUCGCUUUGGCAAAUCAAAUAGUCGGAAAUAACCUUCUUAAUAUUGGAGAUUCGAAUUGUGACAAGAGUUUCGAACGAUUAUUUAAAUGGAGGUCUGUUACGUACGGCUUUCAAGAGGCUAAAGUCGUGAACAAACCGAUUUUUCUACUCAUCCAUAAAAUGCAAUGCCCUUCUUGUCAAAAAUUAAAACAGAAAUUUUCUAACUCCGUACGAUUGAUGGAUCUUAGCGAUCGAUUUGUGAUGAUAAAAGCGGAAAUGGGAUAUGAUGCAGCUUUAGAUGAUGAAAAAUUUCAACCAGAUGGGAAGUAUGUGCCUAGAAUAUUAUUCUUCACAUCUAACGGUGACUUUAUCGAGGAGGCAUAUAACAAUCAUGCAAAUGCGGAUAAGGAAUAUAGAUUUUUUUACAAGAAUCCCUCGGAAAUUAUAAAUACCAUGCUAUUGGUUUUGAAAAAACAUUCUAAAGAGCCAUUGCGAGUAAUAUUUCAAUAUGAGGAAUUGUCGCAUCUAGAAACUUGCGAUAUGGAAGAUGAUAUUAUUGUUCCGACUCUCUUACAUUAAUAAUGUAACAUUAACCUUUGAAACAUGUAUGAUAUGGAGCUAUAUAUGUAAUCUAUUAGGUUUAUAACAAUCUUAACUUAUAAUAGAAAACAUUAGAUGAUUUUUUUCUCACUGAAAAUACUAAAAAAAUUAAUAUGACUUAAUUUAAUUUUGUACUUGUAGAUAAUAUUGGAACUGGGAAGAAAGAAAGAAAAAUGAAAUUUUUCUUUCCCAUUCACGUUUCCCACUGUUCCUUUUUAUUACUUAAAAAGACGAAUUAAAUAGUAAGGAAAGGUAUAAUUAAACUAACGAGAGGAAUGUUCUUUAAAGAACGCAAGUAGAUAAUAAAUACGAUACAUAUACUACUACAUAUAUAUUACACUACUACAUAUAUUAUAUGACUACUACUACUACAUAUAUUUAUAUACUACAUUUAUUUCUCCAACUACAGAAAUUUUCUUUUAGAGAACAU